AUGGCGUUGGGUUUUGCGAGUGGAGGUUUUGCCAUUGCGCGUACCGUCCUGGUUCCUAGCCUGACUUCAACCCAGGACCCGACAUGUGUAUUUGGUCAACCCCCGAAGGGACCUAGUGCCGCUCUUCAAGUGGGCAGUGUGAGUAUCACCUCAGAAUCCCCUGAACAGAAAGUACUAAGACAACCCAACACCCAACCAGACUCGAAGCAACAUUCGGUAUUAUUGCAGCUGCAGCACCCUCUGUUCGUCCUUUACUUGGUCAUAACUGUCACAGGAACACGAACGCAGCCUGCCGGAAAAGGCAAGGAAUUUGUACGACGGGCAAUCGUCCCCUUUCAGAUCACCUUUGCGCCUAUUACUCUUCUGAUGGGAACGUACAUUUUCAUAGCCCUCGGUCUCCCCAUCAUGCAAGCUUCCACUCUGGCCACAUUUAUGGAGCCCCCUGUCAUCGCCGGUGGUUAUGGCUUUUCAUCACUGCAAAUGGCAUUCUUCACCAUGACGACGUGGGUGGGCAUCAUUUGCGCACAGGUGUAUGGCCUCUUCUUCAACGACCAAACUCCUCUCUGGGUUGCUCGUCGACGUGGUGGUACCUGGCAUACGGAAUAUCGUCUAGCCAACACUAUAUUGCUAUCUAUCCUGCUGCCCAUUGGUCUGGGUCUGUGGGGAGCUGGUCUGCAACACCAUCUUCAUUUCAUGGUACUUGCUCUGGGAUCGUUCCUGAUCUGGUUCGGCGCUCUUCUCGCUCUGCCUGUCUGCUAUAAUUACAUUAUCGAAUGCUUCUUGCACAAUCCUGUCGAGGCCUCUGUCUCGCUGAAUGCAUACCGCGUCACCUUUGGUUUGAUAUCGGUCUUCAUUACUACUAACUGGCAGGCGGCUGUUGGUAUUGGCUGGAUGUGGGGGAUGGGAGCUUUUUUCAUUGUGUUUGUCGAUCUCAUCAUGAUUGGACUUAUUCUCAAAGGACAUGUUGUCCGUCAGUGGACGACCAAGUUGAGUAAGACUCUUGCAUUCACUGAAGAUGGUGUGGCUAUCAGCACGAAGCAUGAUGUGGUUGCUUAA